AUGGUGUGCGACUUCUUCAGGUUUUCGACCACCGAUGCCUCAGAAGCGUGGCCGGUUUUGGAUGGCGUCAGCGUGUUGGUAACGAGGUGGUUAAAAAACGGGUAUUUGGUUGUGCUGCAGGCAUUUCAAUCUGAUAAAACACCCAGCACCAUCGACUACGAUGGCUCGGUCAUGUGGUACGCAUGCCAAAACACUGUCUACCGGAGCGAGUGUUGUUCUCCGUGCCUCCUUCAGGAUGGCGCUAACCGCGAGGAUAGGGUCUCCGUGACCCCGUCUGUGCUUGGCUGGAGACGUUGCAAGAAAUGGCGGCUAAUCGAUGUCAGUGGUGUUCGUGCUGUCAGUUUCUUUCCAGAUUGUCCGGUUGAGCGGUUGGAGGUCAAUCGUCAGUUUGCUGAGAAGCUCAUUGCCGAGGUUCCGCCCAUCCCGUGCACCGAACAUAUUGUCAGCUGUGACGGUGGAGGAGGUGCGCUUGGUCAUCCCAAAGUCUACAUUAACCUCCACCAGAAGCUGCGUUGGUUGGGACAUGUGUUGCGUAUGCCGAACCAUCAUUUGCCGAAAAGAGUGCUGUUUUACAUGCCCAGUUCAGAGUGGCGUAAACAGAGAGGUGGCCAACCCUUGACAGAGGAGUAUGAAGCAGAUCACGAAACGUUUGGGUGCUGUCGGUGCUACUCGCCUUCUAGGAUGGGGACCGCGUGA